CCGGCGGCGGAGGGCGGCGCGGGUGCCCUGCUCCUCCCGCCGCCGGCGGCCGCCGCCGGGGCAGCACAGCUGUUACAGAGCCGCGCUGGUCCCUCCUCCCAGCUGCGGCUGCCUCAUCUCCCCCCACCCAGCCCGUCCCUCCCCUCCGCCGCUCCCGACGCUGCUGCCGCCGCCGCCGCCGCCACCACCUUCUCCUCCUCCUCCCCACCCCCACCCUCUCUCUCGCUCCCCAUCUCUCUCUCUCUCCGUCCCGUUCCCCCCCUGCCCACGCCUCUCUCCGCCCUGCCGCCGCCGGCCCUGGCAGAGCAGGCACCGCAGGGGGAUCUCGAUGUAACACCAUGACAGGCAUCGCCGCCGCCUCCUUCUUCUCCAACGCCUGCAGGUUCGGGGGCUGCGGGCUCCACUUCCCAACCCUGGCAGAGCUCAUCGAGCACAUCGAGGACAACCACAUCGAUACAGACCCACGUGUAUUAGAGAAACAAGAACUUCAGCAGCCAACCUAUGUUGCUCUAAGUUACAUUAACAGGUUUAUGACUGAUGCAGCUCGACGUGAGCAGGAGUCUUUGAAGAAAAAGAUUCAGCCAAAACUCUCUUUGACUUUGUCAAGCACAGUGUCCCGUGGGAAUGUAUCUACUCCACCUCGCCACAGCAGUGGAAGCCUUACUCCUCCAGUCACCCCUCCAAUCACUCCCUCCUCUUCAUUUCGCAGCAGUACUCCUACAGGUAGUGAAUAUGAUGAAGAGGAAGUAGACUAUGAAGAAUCAGACAGUGAUGAGUCCUGGACUACAGAAAGUGCUAUCAGCUCUGAAGCUAUCCUUAGUUCAAUGUGCAUGAAUGGAGGGGAUGAGAAACCUUUUGCCUGUCCUGUUCCUGGAUGUAAAAAAAGAUAUAAGAAUGUGAACGGUAUCAAGUACCACGCCAAGAACGGCCACAGAACACAAAUCCGCGUACGCAAACCAUUCAAAUGUCGCUGUGGAAAGAGUUACAAGACAGCUCAGGGCCUGCGGCACCACACAAUCAAUUUCCAUCCCCCCGUGUCUGCUGAGAUCAUCAGGAAGAUGCAGCAAUAACAUGCUGGUCACAAAUGUGCCAAGAAAUCCUCACCAGCAGUUGCUGAUUUUGAGAACAGCCACCUUUUUCAGGGGAAGCACUCAGCAACCCUUUAAAAAAAAAAUUAAAUGCAUGCUUUAAAAUUUUCUGUAAUUUUGGAAUGAUGUAUCUUUGUAGAGUUAAUGAUUUUGUACAUUUGCACAUGUUAUCAUCUUACCCAUUUUCAUUACUUUGAGAUAAGGUGCUAUAAAAGCUAUAGGUUCUUCAGAACAUUUUUCUCCAAAAAAACAAAAGACCUAGGGGGACGUUGCGUAUUUAGUUGUACUGACGUGUGGGACAGGAGCGCGAGGAGGAGAGCUUGGCACUGACAUCCUUUCAAGAUUGUAACGUGAUGAAGACUUUCGAUGCAUCUGUCAAUGUGUGUGCAAAACCAAAACAGUACCGCCCUCGUCAAACUAUAGUUAACAUGCCUUACAUAACGGAGUUAUCAGUGGAGUAGCAAGUCUUUUAGGUAAUGGAAAUAUAAAUAAGAAAGAAUGUUUAACAUAAUAUGCUAAAAAUAUUUUCAUACUUAAAUAACAUACAUAAAAAGGUGUGCUUGCUGUAUUUUAUAUUAUCUUGCAAAUCUUUUUUUUUUUCCUCCCUCUUGAAAUGCUGAAAACCUUGCCAUUCAAAUAGUAAACAAUCACUUUAGUGUUAGCAAAUACAUUUUUUUCUCUGUACAAGAUGUCAUAUUAUGUUCAUGCCCAUCAAACUUUUGAGGACCAAUAUCCCAGUCCAACUAAAUAUUUACCCCUGAACUAUCUGUUAGAAAGACACUUGGAAAUACUUAAGUGCAAAUUUAUGUGUGUGUGAGAAACAAUUAUCUUCAUCUCAGAUGAAGUUUUGAAGCACUUUGUAGUUCUCAAUUGCCAACAGAUUUAAUGUUUUAUGUGUUGCCAAUUCUUGCAACUACUGUACGAGCAUGUGCUGCGGUUGCAAAUAAAAAUGAGAAAUUCAGCGCAUGGUUUAAGGAGGUCCGUUAGUUGUGCUAAGGGAGUUCUAAUGCCUCUCCCUCACGUUCAUUGUGUUUUGAGAUUUUCUUUGUGCAUUUUUUGCUUCUCAUUGUAGGUCGCCGCAUUCCAUCUGGAAGUGUCUGUUUAGCUUUACAAUUAAUUUUGCUGAAAUAUGACAUUUGAGCCUUAUUGAAGAUUUAAGUGC